AUGUUUAAAAAAAACCGUUCUUUUGUGUGGGAUUAUUUUACAAAAAAUCCAAACGCUAUUGAUUCGGCAACUUGUAGAAUAUGCAAAAAAAGUUACAAAAGAGGCAAUAGUACAUCUAAUCUUAUUGAUCACCUAAAACGUGAUCAUAUGACAAUAUUGGAACGUGAUGGAAUCUUUUCAGUACAUCAAACUCAUCAAAGAGCAUCUACAAAUGAGCUACCUAAUAACAAUGUAUCAGUCACAACUGAGUUAAGUGGGCAAUCUGUAGAAUCUGUAUCGGUUAGUGAUCAAAGAAUUGUAACAAAUGAAACAAUCGUCACAUCUAAAAGAUUGUCUCAGAGUGAACUGCCAUCUAAACGACAGAAACAAUUAACAUUAUCAAAUAGAUUUGGAGCACCCUCAGAUCAACAGGUGCAAUAUUUUACUACAGCCAUAGUAAAGAUGAUUGCUGAGGAUUUACAACCUGUGUCUAUAGUAGAAAACACUGGAUUCAGAAAUUUAGUACAGUUGUUGGAUUCUAGGUACAAUAUCCCAAAUAGACGUACCUUAACUCGUAGUAUAAUUCCAAAUUUAUAUGAAGAAACACGUACUAAAGUACAUUCUUUAUUGGCUCAAUCAAAAUAUGUAUCUAUUACAACAGACAUAUGGACAUCUAUCAAUACCGACUCCUUUAUUACUAUAACUGCACAUUUUGUUCAAGGUGAUAGACUUAAUACUGUAGUUUUGUGCACAAAAAAACUUUUGAACAAUCAUACAGGGGAAAAUUUGGCAGAAGUAUUGUUGACUGAAUUUAAUAAAUGGGACAUACAAAGUAAGAUAGCUGGUAUAGUUACGGAUGGUGGUAGUAAUAUUAAAGCAGCUGUAAGAUUAAUGAAUUUACCUCAUAUUCCAUGUACAGCUCAUAAGCUAAAUUUAAUUGUAAGUCAAGCAUUGAUGACUAAUAUUGAUUAUGAUGAUCAAGUUUCCUUUGAAGAUAAUGAUGCGGACCAGAUAAAGUUUCUUUUAAAAAAAUGCAGAAGUAUAGUAGGUUUUUUUAAAAGAAGUGAAGUUGGAAAUAGACAUCUUGUUGAAAAGCAGAAACAACUAGGGAUGACAAAUACUUUGAAAUUGAAACAAGAUGUCAGGACUAGAUGGAACAGUACAUUAGUUAUGUUAGAAAGAUUAUUUAAAUUGAAAGAACCUGUUACCAUAGUCCUAAUGUCAUUACUCAUUAAGAGAUGGAAAUCCAAUCUAACUCCAAGUCAAUGGGAUGUUGUAGAAGAUAUAAUUCCUUUAUUGCAACCAUUUGAUAAAAUGACUGUAGAACUAUCGUAUGAAAAGGCUCCAACUAUGUCCAAAGUAAUACCAUUAGUAAGAGGAUUACAGAACACAUUAUCAAAAAAAAACCCAAGAACAAGUCAAGGGAAGUUUCUUCGGGAGCAAUUAUUGAACAAUGUGAGAAAUCGUUUUCAGUCACUUGAAAAAUUAUUGCCAAUACCUUACUAUGCUAAUGCAGCAUUCCUAGAUCCCAGAAUUCUUGAUGAAGCUGUUGAUGAAGCUGAAGUAAAUGAGUCUGAAUCUGAAGAAAGUCUUUGGAGUUUCCUAACUGAAAAAGUUAAUUCGAUUCAGAGUCAAACAACUAAUAGGAGCAAUGCUAUCAUCUUGGUGAAGCAAUAUUUAGAAAUGCCAUACCAGAAUCUCAGCUGUAAUUUGAUCCAGUAUUGGCAGCAUCAUAAGGAUGUUUUAAGUCCUCUUAGUGAUAUUGCAUUGAAAUAUGCAACAAUCCCUGCAACAUCGGUGCCAUCCGAAAGAAUUUUUUCAAAAACUGGCCAAAUAAUGAGUGAAAGAAGAAAUCGUUUAUUGACAGACAAUUUAGACAAACUAAUUUUUCUAAAUAAAAAUAUGAAUGUUGAAUAA